ACGCCGAGCUGCGGAUAGCUCACGGUUGCCAGUGGCGGAGGUUGCGCACUACCCUUUUCAGGCCAAUUUCAGGCAUUAAAUCGUAAUGAUCUCGGCUCGCGCGGCUCCACUUUAUUUUUGACUGCGCGUUCGUUUUAAUACAAUACGUCCAUAGCCCGGACUGCCAGUCAGUCUUUUCCCCCCAUCAUGUAUCUACCAAUGAUGACGCCGCGGCGGUACAUUACCCUCGUCCUUGUCCUCGUCAUUAGCAUUCAUUACAUCUUGUCUAUCGCUUUCGAAGAUUAUAAGCGCAUCUCCUCUCUCAGCAACUGGGGUUCACAACUGCAUGUGUCCGAAGAAAAGACUCAAGAAAUCAGUUCGUAUGCUGUGGCAUUCCCAGAUACGCUAUAUCACAAUGCUUCGGAACGAGCCAAUGCCACGUUUGUCCUCCUGGCCCGAAACAGCGACAUCAAUGGAGUAGUCUCGAGCAUGCAGUCCGUUGAAGACCGCUUCAACAGGCAUUAUAAUUAUCCUUGGGUGCUACUCAAUGACGAGCCUUUUACGGAUUCGUUCAAAGAGCGCGUCAGCAUCAUCAGCAGAGCUCCGAUUUCAUUUGGACUAAUCCCCAAAGAACAUUGGGUUCAGCCUGACUGGAUCGACGAAGACCGAGCGCGGUUAGGCCGCCAGAAGAUGAUGGCCCAGCGUAUUAUUUAUGCCGGCAGUGUACCCUACCGCAACAUGUGCCGUUUCAAUUCUGGAUUCUUCUUUCAUCAUGAGCUUUUACGGCCAUACCGGUACUACUGGAGAGUGGAACCAGAUGUCAGGUUCUUUUGUGAUAUAAAAUACGAUCCUUUCAUUUACAUGCGAGAACACGAUAAAAUAUAUAGCUUCACAAUUUCAUUAACGGAGUGGGCGCCCACGAUACCCACGUUGUGGAGUACGGUAAAAGAAUUCAUGGCAACUCAUCCCGACUACAUUGAUCCGCAUAACGCCAUGGAUUAUCUAUCUAACAACGGCGGGAACACCUAUAAUCUUUGUCACUUCUGGAGCAAUUUCGAAAUUGCAGAUAUGGACUUUUGGAGGUCAGAGGCUUACCAGGCCUUUUUCAAUUUCUUAGAAUCAAAAGGAGGUUUCUAUUAUGAGCGCUGGGGAGACGCCCCAGUCCACAGCAUUGCGGCUGCCCUCUUCGCUCGAAGAGACCAGAUCCACUUCUUCCGAGAUAUCGGUUAUCGCCAUGAAUCAUUCCAGCAUUGCCCACAGGGUGAUCAGUGGUCAGAAGGCAGGUGUUCAUGCGAUCCUGCAGACAGUUUUGAUUAUUCCCCGAAUUCUUGCGUGAAGAAGUUUGAAGACUUGUUCUCAUAGUACCCCCGUGCUGGCAUUAACCACUGUAUCUAACAAUAUCACUUUAUAAUUAUGGGUUGUACGAUAGUACAAAUAGAUGGGAUUAUUGGAGUCAUGAGCCGAUGGAACCUGU